GUUUGACCAAUGAUGAUUGAGCCUCCACACCACAUGUAUCGUCCUCUCCUGUGGAUAAGCCACACCAACUCAAACAAAACUCCAAAACUCAAACCCCAUCAUGUUCUCUUCCUUCCAUUCUCCUCUCUCCACUCUCAAACACCACUCAUAGAUUCACAAACCCACCACCAUACCAUGUCCGUUCAGGCACGACGCCUUGCCGUUUUCUGCGCCCAUCUUAACCCCACCCGAUUACCCCUGGAUCCUCCCGCUCCAUUUCUUUCGCCUUCCCUCUGUGCUCCUCAUUCCGACACCCAAAACGACUGCGUUUUCUGCAACAUUAUUCGUGGCCAAUCACCGGCUUUGAAGCUUUAUGAAGAUGACAUGUGCCUAUGCAUACUGGAUACAAGUCCGCUGAGUCAUGGGCACUCCCUCAUUAUCCCAAAAUCUCAUUUUCCUUCACUGGAUGCUACUCCUCCAUCAGUGGUAGCUGCAAUGUUUUCAAAAGUUCCCUUCAUUAGCAAUGCAAUCAUGAAGGCUACUGGCUGCAGUUCAUUCAACCUGUUGGUCAACAAUGGAGCAGCUGCUGGCCAAGUAAUAUAUCAUACACAUAUUCACAUAAUUCCCCGUAAAGCAUACGAUUGUUUAUGGGCUUCUGAGAGUUUGCUAAGGCGACGCGUUAAUUUAGAUGAUGAGAAAGUUUCUCAGCUUGCAGCGCGUAUUCAGAAGCAGUUAUUGCCAUCUGACAUGAGCCAGGAAAGCAAGAAUGAAAAUUUUUGUUCAAGUAAAAGUUAGUUCGAUUAUUCAUCUGUGGUAACUUAGAAGUUUAUAUUUUCAUUCAGAAGAAUGAUGCAUGCGCAUAACAAUUGUCUAAUGUAACACUCAACUUCAAAAUUUGGGUAGUUGGGAUUUUUGAACCAUUGUUUUAAACCCAACCCAAAAAUUCUCAACUACUCAUCUAUCGAUUACGAGGGUUAUGUCAGAUGUUUUUUUGUACAUGUAUUAUUUUCCUUUUAUUUAUGUUCCUAUAUGUACAGUCAAAUUUUUAACUUAUCUGCUGUAUAUUUUUAAGAAGGAUUUACUAUAAGAGGACGUUUAUAUAAUUUUGAUGCUAGUAUUCUUAAGCUUUUGA